GCCACCGUCGUGUAAGAUGGCGGCGGCGGAGAGCAGCGACAGCGAGGAGGAGGACUUGGUGAGCUAUGGAAGCGCGCUGCAGCCCCUGCAGGAGGGUGAACGAAUUAAAAAGCCAGUUCCUCUCCAAGAGCAGACUGUUAAAGAUGCCAAGGGACGGUACCAGCGUUUCCAUGGUGCAUUCACUGGCGGCUUUUCUGCUGGCUACUUUAACACUGUGGGUACAAAGGAAGGAUGGACACCAUCAGCUUUUGUAUCAUCACGGCAGAAGAGAGCAGGCAGAACGGUUCUUGGACCAGAAGACUUCAUGGAUGAAGAGGAUCUUAGUGAAUUUGGGAUAGCACCAAAAGAUAUUACAACUACAGAUGAUUUUGCAUCUAAAGCUAAAGACAGAAUAAAGGAGAAAGCUCGACAGAUUGCAGGAGUAGUUGCUCCCAUCCCAGGAACCACUGCAUUUGAUGAUUUAAUUGGACCAUCUAAAAUAACAGUAGGGGUUGAACUGUUACGAAAAAUGGGCUGGAAAGAAGGACAAGGAAUUGGACCACGAGUCAAAAGAAAGCCACGCAGACAGAAACCUGAUCCUACAGUGAAGAUUUAUGGUUGUGCAUUACCACCUGGACUCUCUGAGGGUUCUGAGGAUGAAGAGGAUGAAUACCAGCCAGAAAAUGUGACCUUUGCACCAAAAGAUGUAAUGCCUGUAGACUUGACUCCCAAAGAGAAUGUCCAUGGACUUGGCUAUAAGGGUUUGGACCCCUCACAAGCCUUGUUUGGUGCAUCUGGAAGAGAACACCUGAAUCUUUUCACAGAUAGUUCUGAGGAAACAAGCAAUUUAAUUGGUGAUCUGAGACACAGUAAAGGAAGAAAACUGGGUAUUACAGGUCAGGCUUUUGGUGUAGGAGCUUUAGAGGAAGAAGAUGAUGACAUUUAUGCAACUGACACACUGUCAAAAUAUGAUACAGUUCUAAAGGAUGAGGAGCCUGGGGAUGGCUUGUAUGGCUGGACAGCACCAAAACAGUAUAAAUCCAAAAAAAGGCCUGAAAGAGAUUUUAAAUAUAUUGGCAAAGUCCUGGCUGGUUUUUCCUUGGCAUCAAAACCAUCAGCUCCAGUCAAGAUUUAUCCCCCACCUAGCCUGCCUCGAAACUACAGACCGGUCCAUUACUUUCGACCUGUGCUGACAGCUGGGAAUGAAAGCUGCCACUUACAGAAGGCACUGGAGGAGUCAACUGGGAAACUGGAGAAUGAGCCAACACAGCAAAGCAGGCACACUUUGAAUGCAGCUCAGAGGAGGGAGCAGCUAGGAGAGGUUGAGCUGAAAGGUCCAGCUCCUUCUGUUUUGGAAUAUCUGUCUGAGAAAGAUAGAGAAAGACUCAAACAAGUGAAGCAAGCAUCUGAACAACAAAUGAAAGCAAAACCAGUGUCUCAGCAGCCACCAAGUAGCAGAUUGCAGUUGGCCUCCCCAGAAGAUGCUGCUCACAAAUGGCAGAUGCUGCUGGGGGGGCAGUUAGCAAAUGCUGGUUCUAGUGAUUUCAAACCAUUUGCAAAAAAUCCAGAAAAACAAAAAAGAUACGAAAAUUUUGUGAAAAGUCUUAAGCAAGGAGAAAAAGGGGAAAGAUUGGAGCGCUUUUUUGACCAGAGCAUGACAGAGUGGGAGCGAGGCAGGGAGCAGGAGGAGUUCUUCCGAGCAGCAAUGUUCUACAGGUCCUCCAGUUCCUCGCUGGCAUCCCGAUUCACCCGGGCCAAGUAUGAGGAUGAUGUUGACAAAGUUGAAGUUCCUCGAGACCAAGAGAAUGAUAUUGAUGAUAAGGAAACAGCUGUGAAGAUGAAGAUGUUUGGCAAACUCACAAGAGACAACUUUGAAUGGCAUCCUGAUAAGUUGCUGUGUAAAAGAUUUAAUGUUCGUGAUCCAUAUCCUGAUUCUUCUGUAGUGGGUUUGCCAAAAGUGAAACGAGACAAGUAUUCUGUUUUUAAUUUCUUAACUGUGCCUGAGCCCACCACAUCUGGAACUCAAGCAACAAAUGAAAAGAUCCAAGAGAGUAACAGUCUCAACAAACCAAAGAAAUCUUCAAGGUGGGAUGUGUCAGAUAAAGAGAAGGAGAAGAAAGAUUCUAUCAGUGAAUUCAUUAGUCUUGCUAGAUCAAAAGCUGAUGCUCAGCAGCAGCCACCAGUGCCAGCAAAAGAAGAAUGUGGAACUGGGACAACUGAAACUCCUCCCACUGUGCAGGUAGCUGAUGAGGAUAAGAAUCAGGAGGAAGAAAGCAGACGACCACCCAUGGACUUAUUUAAGGCCAUCUUUGUGAGCUCCUCAGAUGAAAAAUCAUCUUCCUCUGAAGAAGAGAGUGAUGAAGAAGAGCAACCAGCUACUUCAGAAAGACAGUCAGAAACCACCAAGCAAGUUGAUGCAGCAGACAGUUCUUCCUCUAACUUACAAGAGAGUGUGACUGCUACAACUGAUUCUGGCAUUCCUUCAUUGCCUACUUCAAAGCAGGAGCUGGAUGCAACAGAGGAAUUUGGACCAAAGUUGCCACCAGCUUUUUCUUCUGGUACUACUUGGCAACAACAAACAGAGGUGCCAGCAACCUUUCCUGGGCCUAGCAGGAAAGAAAAGCAUAGGAAAAUCAGAGAGAGGCACAAGACUAAGAAAGAACGCAAACGCAAAAAGGAAAAGAAAAAGAAGCAUAAGAAGCAGAAAAACAAAGGAAAACACAAGAAUAAAAAAUCAGAAAAAGAGAGCAGCUCUGACACUACAGAUAGCAGUGACAGCCUUAGUGAUAUGGAUACCACAGGCUUGUCACCUAAAGAACUUCUUAGAAGAUUAAAACAGCUUCAGUAUUGAAGAGCUCUCCUGCGUUCUUCAGUAUUGUGUGACUUGAUGUCAAAUUUUUGAUCUCCUCUGUGAUGGUAGAUCAGUGGUGUAUAAUGUGAAGCACUAGAGAUACAGUAUUCAUAUUGAAUUUCUUUGAAAGUAAAUGUGCAUAUGUUUAUGAUGUUUCAUGAAUUCAAAAUGUAUGGAAUAUAGAACAUUGAAAAGACCCCUUUCUGUGCAUAAUAAUCUGAAAUACUGCUGGCUCUGUUUUAUUUAAUAAAACGAAGCAUUUUAAUAAACUUUGUUAUUACAAACAA